UCUAUUUGUAAACAUUCAUAAAUCGAUUUUUUUUGUACUAAAAUAAAAUUGAAAACAAUUCAGGAAAGUGGAGGGCUAGCGUUUGUAAUUUUGUUUUUAAGAAUUUAAGAAAAAUGAAUAAAGCCGGACUUCCCAGCUGCAAAACCAGAAAAGCCCUAAAACACACGGGUUGAUGAAGGAAGAGUUCGAUUAUGGGGUCCGGUGAUGAUGAUUUCGGAUUUCGGGUCAUGGGUUUGGGCAGCAAUUAUGGUAUCGACACUUCUAUUGCUUCGGAGCCCUCAUCUUCCAGUUCGGUUCCUAUUGACUCUUCCAAUAUUGGUUUCAAGCUAUUGAAGAAGCAUGGUUGGAAGGAAGGGACAGGGCUUGGUGUCGCUGAACAGGGUAGGCUUGAACCAGUGGAGGCUCAUAUGAAGACAAAUAAGCGAGGAUUAGGUGCAGAGAAGGUUAAAAAGGCCAAGGGAAAGUCCAAAGAUCCUGAAAAUCCUAUGGAUCAGGAUAGUGAGAAGGUAAUUUUUCUUGCAUUUUAGUUAGUCUCCUCUGAUUCCUUGUACUUUUGCACAUUAUCAUUGUUGCUUCUGAUUUUCAAUCUUUUAUGCUGAGAAAUAUUAGUCGAUAUAAUCACUUGAUUUUCUAUGUACCUCUUCUAUUCAUAUACUAUUCUUUCCAUGAUUACUGAGGUGAAUUAGUAGCAAGAAUAAUGUUUAAGUUUUCUUUUAAGAUUUGAUUGUGCAAACUUUGUAGUAAUUUGAGAUCACCAUACAGUGUAAUAUUGAGGAGACAACUUUGGCUUUUUGAUGAAUACAUAUUGCGGCCAGCUAAUUAAAUGUUGUUUUUGUCCUGUACGCAGAGUCCUUAUUCAUAUUAAGAAUGAUCAACUCUUUCAAUGUUCUUAGCUCACAAACUGCUUCUAUUUUGUAAUUCUGACACAAGAUAGUUAUAGGUUGUGUUCAUAUCUGAUCUGUAGGAAACUUGACUGCGGUAUUUGACUUAAGGAUGCGUUCAUGAUCAUAUUACAAAUGUUGACUAGCCGGUGUUUCCCAAAUAGUGAAUUGUUGACAACCCAGUAUUACAGGCACAUUAUUUUGUGUUCCCUCGAUCUUGUUGUAAAGCUGGUUUAGAGGUUGACUAUCAUUGCUUUUAUUACUUUUUGUUAUCAUUUUAUAUACUGAUACUGUAUGGCUUUUGUGGAAAAAACGUUUUUGGUUAUUGUAUUCAAUAUAUUUGUUACUGAAGACAGCUAACAAUAAAUUGUUUCAACUAAGCAAUAUGUUGCUAAUAUCUUCUUUCAGUUGCAGCUUAAAAGGAAAAAUAAGGGCAUGACCAAAAAGAUGAGGAAAAUGCUAGAGUUUGAGAAGCGUCUGAAGGAGAAGGAAUUUGAACGAGCUUUUUUCAGGGAAUUCUGGCCGGAUAAUGUUUGAUCUGUACCUCCAUUGCUAUUUCGCAUCUCAUUCUUUGCUGAUGAAAACUGCAACAGUUGGUCACUGGAUCUCCUUUCACAGUAACAUUUCAUGUAGCUCUUGGAAAUUCUAUAGGAUUCUGGCCUUAGCUUUGUACAUAGUGCUAACAGGAUAGACAUGGAUACAUGUUUGGAGGAACCGAGGGUCCGAGUUCCCAUAGUGCCUGAAUAUGCUUCUUUGUAUGUAUUGAAUAGAUAGCCUACCCGAAUUUUUAUAUAUAUAUAUAUGAUGGAGGCCACAGGCUUUAGAUAUACAAAAACAUCCCUAUGUGAUUGGGAUGAUUCUAACUUGUCAAGUUCUAAGAGAUCCCUGAUCCUGGACGGAGGCGUAGCCUACCGGAAUUUUGUAGUUCGUGUGUGCAUUAUGCCUUGGUUGUGUACGGUUGGAUCAACCCAAAACAGAAGCUAAUGGAUCAAAUCAAAAUUUGGAUCUUAGUCACCGUUGUAACUUCUUUAGGGCCUUCUUUCUGGAAGGCAAUUCAAGCAUGACAUGAUACUGUAUUUGGAAUGGAA